AUGGGCGAGCAUAAUCUCCUGAAUCCCGGGUUUGUGGGGCCGCUGGUGAACAUCCACACGGGAGACACCUUCUACUUCCCCAAUUUCCGCGCGUCCGGGGCGCAGCUGCCCGGGCUGCCUUCGCUGUCCUACCCGCGCCGCGACAACGUGUGCUCGCUGCCCUGGCCGUCGGCGGAGCCGUGCAAUGGCUACCCGCAGCCCUAUCUCGGCAGCCCGGUGUCGCUCAACCCGCCCUUUGGCCGCACGUGCGAGCUGGCGCGCGUGGAGGACAGCAAGGGUUAUUACCGCGAGCCGUGCGCCGAGGGCGGCGGCGGGGGCCUGAAGCGUGAAGAGCGCGGGCGCGACCCCGGCCCAGGAGUCGGGCCCGGGGCCGCGCUGCUGCAGCUGGAGCCGUCGGGGCCGCCUGCGCUCGGUUUCAAGUACGACUACGCGGCGGGCGGCGGCGGUGGCGACGGUGGCGCGGGACCCCCGCACGACCCGCCCUCGUGCCAGUCGCUGGAAUCCGACUCCAGUUCGUCCCUGCUUAACGAGGGCAACAAGGGCGCCGGCGCGGGCGACCCCGGCGGCUUGGUAUCGCCUUUAAACCCCGGCGGCGGCCUCGCGGCCAGCGGCGCGCCCUGGUACCCGAUCCACAGCCGCUCACGGAAGAAGCGCAAACCCUAUUCGAAGUUGCAGCUGGCGGAGCUGGAGGGCGAGUUUCUGGUGAACGAGUUCAUCACAAGGCAGCGCCGGAGGGAACUCUCAGACCGCUUGAAUCUUAGUGACCAGCAGGUCAAGAUCUGGUUUCAGAACCGCAGAAUGAAAAAGAAAAGACUUCUGUUGAGGGAGCAAGCUCUCUCCUUCUUUUAG